AGCAUGCACAAAGAGCCGGUCCCUCCUCCUAGCCUGGAAACCUGUGCUGGAGGGAGUGACUCGAUUCAGGCGGCGUCCAAUUAUAUGGAAACAGCACUUAUUCCACUUUAUUCCACGCUACAGUUAAGUGGCUUGAAGCCUUCAGAGACGCACAGGCGUGCGGUAUAAAGCGGAUCAGCAGGCAGAGAGACGCUCCCCAUGUGACAUGUGCAGGGAAAGCUGCAGACAAAGGUAGAAGUCUCUCCGCACGCCGAGUGAUGCGGAGACAGAGGAUGCUCCAAAUCAAAUCCACGAGGAGCUCUCUGGGUUUUUCUUGGUUUUUUUUUCUUUUCUUUUUUUCUUUCCCUCGUCUGGAAAAUCCUCGGCUCAACAUAAAUGAUUCAUGAGAGCGCGCUUCUGUUUCUGAGAGAGUAAUAGUGAGUUUCAACUGAAGCCAGGCAACCUGCGGGAAGGCAGGGCCAGAAUCUCGGAGAGAGUCAGUUCAUCUGAGAGAGUUUGAUCAGGAGAUCAACUGUUGCUCCGCGCGGAUGUCUGACCGCCGCCUGGUCCUGGUCGGGGCAGCUGGGAUGGAACAGAGGCGGAUUUUGCUCCUGAUGCGCCGGAUACACCUUUAUCUGUCCUGAUGUGAUGCCACAUUGUUGCACUGAGGGGAAUGAGAACAUCCCACACCUCGGCCGGCUGCUUUCCACGCUUCAUCCUCUCUGUGUGUGACACACCAUAAUCUGCCCUCUCCAGGGAGCGCGUUUGGACACUCUGACCCUCAAAAAGAAGCGCAAAAGCUGACAAGCCUCGCGUUAAAGUGACCUUGCCGGGUCGGGCGGAGGGUAUCAUCAUGCUGAUGAUGAUGGAGACCAGCGGCAUAGACGCGCAUCAGGUUGAUAUCGAUUCGGACUUCGAGCCGCAUGCUCGGUCGCGGUCAUGUACCUGGCCGCUCCCGCCGUGUCCCGAGGGCUUCCCCGGGGCAGAGGAGGCGAGCCGCGGGGGUCUGGCUCUGGCGACCGUCAAAGCGGAGCGCUACGACGUGCCGGCGUGCCGGGCCGACAGGAAAGGCGGCGCGCCGGCGGAGAUCAAGCACCCGGCCGGCGCCCCGGCUCCGGUCGUGGCCGCUCCCGCUUGCAUGUCCGGGGCUGCCCUCGACGUGGCCGGCCAGCUGCGCAAAGCCAAGUCGUCACGCAGGAACGCGUGGGGGAAUCUGUCGUAUGCGGACCUCAUCACCCGCGCCAUCGAGAGCGCACCAGAGAAGAGGCUCACUCUGUCCCAGAUCUACGACUGGAUGGUUCGCUUUGUUCCUUAUUUUAAGGAUAAAGGCGACAGCAACAGCUCGGCUGGAUGGAAGAAUUCAAUCAGACACAACCUAUCACUGCACAGUCGUUUCAUCCGAGUGCAAAAUGAAGGGACGGGAAAGAGCUCGUGGUGGAUGCUAAACCCAGAAGGAGGGAAGAUGGGUAAGGGACCCAGACGACGCGCAUCAUCCAUAGAUAACGGGACACGCCACUUGAAGACAAAAGGUCGCACGAGUCGAAAAAGAGCAGGGGCUAUAGGCCUGGGACGGGGACAAGUUCAGGGAGCUGGUCCGACAAUUCAGAGCUCCCCAGAGCAUGGCAGUCCAGCAGGGAAAGGAGGCAUCAUGAUCAGUGGAGAAGAGUAUGACACUUGGACAGACCUGCAUUCCCGCACCUCAUCUUCUGCCUCCACGCUGAGUGGCUGCCUCUCCCCAAUCCUUGCAGAAGAGGAAGCUGAUGAACCUGAGGAGGGUGGACUAUCUUGCUCAGCUUCCCCUCGGAUAUACCCUAGUCCAACAAGCACCCGCUCACCGGCGUUGGGCACUGGGAGCCACUGCCCCAACGUGGAACUGCCUCAGCUGACUGACCUGACUGGAGCUAUUAGUCUAGAUGAGAGGAGCUACUCCCAGCAACAGCAAAUCAAGUGCAAUGGCUAUCCCUUUGUGCCUGGGCCAAAACCUGAAGGAUCCUAUUGUGGACCCAUUUACGGGCAGUCUUCCAUGUGUAUGUUGCGGCACCACACUCCAAUGGAGACCAUUCAGGAGAACAAGCCAGUUAACUUCCAGCACCCAAUAAGGAGCUAUUCAGAGAACAAUGCUUUGCAAAGUCUUCUUACAGGAAGUCCUUACUGCAACAAAGAUGCUGUGCUGGGUCAGGGACGUGAAACGCAUGCACUGUUGACACAGGGGACUAGUGUUCACAGCCAGCACAACCGCAAUCAGAAUCCCAGUCACAAUCAAAACCAUAGCAACAGCCAAGAGCAUGCUCACAAUCCCAGUCUACGUAACGGCCACGGCUCAGUCCAUGACCAGAACACAGCUCACCAUCAAAACCACAAUCAGGGUCAUAAACACCAAGCCAGCCUUGACUACAGCCACAGUCACAAGCCCCACAUUGCCCAUGAAUAUGGUCAGAGUCAUGAGCAUGGUCACAGAAGCAAAGUGAAUUCCAACCACGACCACAACCCUCAUUCUAGUCAAAGUCACCUGCACAACCACACACCCCCAAACCCUCAUAACCCUAUGCAUAGUGGGCCUCACCAUCAGGCUCUGUCUCCUCGGGUGAGCACUGACGUCCUGCAGCCCUACAGUCUUAAGAACUCUAACCACUAUGGGCCACGCCCCCACCUCCCAACAUCUCCUUCUCUGCCCCCAAACCCUGCAGGGAUCCUGGAUGUUCCUCAGGACCCCUGUCGUCUUGCUUCUGCCCCUCACCCUCGACACCAGUCCUACCCCAGAGCUCACCAUCAGGCCAUGGCUGAAUCCUGGCAAGCCUAUUAUCAUAAUCACCACAAUCACCAACCAGGGAAUUCGGCAUAUCAGGGACAACUGCACAGCUCGCACAACAGAAUGGCUGCCCAAUUGGAAAUGGAAAAUGCCCCCAACAGCCUAGACUGUGAUGUGGACCCGAUCCUGCUUAGUGAUUUUAUGGACACAGAUAAUGUGGACUUCAACUUUGAUGGUUCUCUUUCUCAAGGGGUGGGCAUGGGGAUGGGCAUGACUUUAGGGGCUUUUUGUUGUCCUCCACCAGCUCAUAGCCACCAGAGUUGGGUGCCUGGGUGAACUCGGAUCUGAGGGGUUUGAAUAGACCAUAAAAGUCACCCGCUGGGCAGGGCUCUGGGUCAGCUGUACCCUUGGACUGAUUAGCUGUGAUUCUAUUUUUUUUUUUUCAGGCAUAUUGUCAUUUUAUUUCCUGGGGACUCUCACACUGUGUAUUUUUUGUCUCCCUCUUUCUCCGUGUUUAUGAAGCUUUCUGUCUCCAUGUUGAAUUUGCUUCCAAUGAGCCCAGUGGUAAAAUCUGACCCUUUCCCAGUUUAUGCCCUGCAGUUUUUUUCUCUCUCUCCUCCUAAUCAUCAUGUUUGUCCUUGGCUCUCAAGCACUUUACAGCCAUCUUUUCAUACAGAUGCAGUAACCCAAACACCAGACAAAGUCAUGUUGUAUGUUCAUUUUUAAUGUAUGCAAUCCACUUAGUAUUAUCUCCACCUACAAAGAAUUUGUUGUUCCUGACAUAAGAACAUGAUCAAACACCUGCAUACAUUUCCUCAGUGCCCAGGUGCUCAUAGAUUGGAAGGUAAAGGGCAGAGGGUGGAGGUUUGUGGCUGCCAGGUUUAAGAAUAAGGCUGAUAUUUUUUUGAAAGACUGAGACAUAAGGGAAGGGAGGUGAAACGGAGAGAAAGGGGGAUUUGUCCUCUCCCUGGUGAACAGUGGUGGUUCCUACUCUGUUCCGGAGUGGAGGACAAUCAUCCAUCACACAACCAUCAGCGCCACUCCAUUGAAAUGCAACGUCCUUUCUUUAAUCUCCAAAGUAAUGCCAGAUUGAUGCAUCAUGAUUGCUAAUCUAAUGUGCUUCUCUGUUUUUUCAACCUCCUCCCCUCCCUCUUCAGCUCCGGACACAUGGGCUUAAUGUGUUUUGGUGAAAGCGAUGAUAAAAGUCACUCAACACUAAAUGGGGAUAGGGAUUGGAAAAGGGGGAUGGUGUCAGAGGAGGUGGGGGGGUUAUGGAGAGGAGAUGAUAUGAGAAGAGAAAUGCAAAUAUUCCCUCUGUGCCUCUUUCUCUCCAUUUUGCAGAUUUAUGUAGCUUUCGUACAAUGAAAUAAGCAAUGAUCAGAGCCUGCUGUAAAUCCCGAGGAGCUACAUGAUUGGCCAGAACUGGGUGGUGGAUGCUAAACCCAGUUCUGGCCAGUGAAUGCUUGGUACAUUCACUGGCCCACUCCAGAACAGCUUAGCAAGUGGCCAUGAGUCAACUGGUAUGCUGGUGAAGUUGCCCUCAACGCAGUCAGUAACAGCCAGGUUAAAGCCCUCUAUGUGUUUUUACUCCAGAGAAUUCCUCACUGAUGAGCAGCAUCAGCCGAUUACUAUUUUGUGCUAUCUCCUGUACCCAGACUCCCUCGUAUCGCACCACCCCAUCCCGAGGUUACUCGGAGGGUAAACAAGAGUAAUUAACCGCCAAACAAGAUGGAUGAUUUAUGCAAGUGCAUGUAGUCGCUCAUUUGCUCAAAGUCAUAAUUCUUUCCCCUGCCAAGCACAAGGAAGGUGAUUUUUUAAGAAGCGGUGCCGGGCCACGAGGUAAAGUGUCUGUUUGCAGUGUCCUUCACGUUUUUCAGCCAUCUUCCGUACGAUCAUCCCCACCCCAUCCAGGCCACGGUUUAUGUUGCUGUUGUCUUUUCUUGUGCUUGUUCAAUGAUUGUGCAGUUGUCUGUCCGAUGUAGUGUGGAUUGGAGCGCUCUCCAGCAUUUCAUUUACGUUGCUUGCAGUUUGAGAAGGGGCCGAGGGGGUGGGGGUGCUUUUGGGCUUCCCACCUUCUGAGGACAGAGAGAACAACACCAUGGGAGAAGGGAACUGUGGACAGACAGUGAGACGCAGAACAGGGAGGAAAAAGUGAACAGGUUAGACCAGAUCUGUUUAGCUUUAAGAGGUUUUCUAUCUAUAAAACUGCCUGUUACAAUCAGGCCAAAUGUCAAGUGCUGCUCAACUGGCUCCAGGGAGCUUCGACCAGGCAGCCACUUCUCCCUCCUGAUCAAGGACAAUGUCUGGUAUUUCCAUACACUUUUCUUUUCUUUUCUUCUACUUCUUCUUUUUGUAUGUGUUAAAAUGGCCCAUUGUUGUAACCCAGCUGUAUUUGUUCUCCUGCCCGUGUGCACCUGUGUGUCAAGUCAAGCUUCUCAUGGGCAGGGGUGUGUGUGUGUGUGUGAGUGUGUGUAGAAGUGACGUACAAGAACCGAUUAAGGGGGAAAUUGUUGAGUAGUUCCCUGCCCUGGUGUUUUCCAUGCUUGGCUGAGUGCAGCAUACAUUAUAUAUACAGUUUAUAUUUAUUGUUUGUGAAGCUGGUUCUAAAGAAAGACCCCUCACUGCUUUGUCUUCUUGUUGACAGACACAGAAUGCAUUUCAGUUUGACUGCAUUUCAUCCUGUACAUAAACUAUAUUUACAAAAUUGUAUUCUAUUUUUUUUGUUUGUUUUUGCAAAUAUGUUUUUUUUUCUAAAAUUGUGUAUCUGCUCAUCUGGUGACCGUCAAAUAAAAGAAAAAUGAAUACAGA